UUUGCACUCUCGCGUACUAUGGUCGCCGAGAUGUACAUCGUCGCGGCGAUUGCGGUCGUCUCCAUCCUUGGCCUCGUCAUUGUGGUGCGCAUCAUGGCACACUUCCACCACAAGCAACACGCUGCGCUCUCCACGCAACUCGACCACCUCCGAGGUCUCAAGCGCGAGGACAUUGAAGACGCGUCCCUGGAAGAAACCAAGUGGGUCUGCACGAGCUGUGUCUUUGCCAAUUCGAGCUCAAGCGACGCGUGUAUGCUAUGCACAACGUCUCGAGCCAUCGCGACGGGGCCGCCACAACAGCCGCGUUGGCUCAGCACCAUCCAACUCGGCGCCAGACAACGCACGCAGUGGCAGCGCGCCAUUGACGUCUAUGGCAACCCUUACUGGCGAUGUGAUUCUGCACAAGCCGCGGACGGCUGCUAUGUCGUGAGUACGAAGGACGGUAUUAGCUAUACACUACAGCCCCUCACCGAUGCGAGUGCUCGCAUCAGCCAGUACGGCGAACACAUACCAAGCUGGUGGUUCCCGCGCUGCCAAGAGAUUGCAAGCUGGACCUUUCACCUCAAGUACGCGUGGCUACACUCCCAGAUCCACAAUUUGCUGCACGGCUACGCCCAAGUUCGCGUCUACCGCGACAGAAUAUUUGAAGAGUCGAUUCCACUCCUGCUUCUCAUGACAGCCAAACACCUCUGCGCUGCAACGCGCGUCAUGAUGCUUGGCGAGAGCGGCGUCGACGCUGGUGGCAUCCAGCGCGAGUGGUACACUGUUCUCACAACCGCCGUCUUCGACCCCGCCAAAGGCCUCUUUGUGCUCGCCACCGACUUUGCAUACGCUCUCAACCCGACCUCGGCGACCGCGUACGGCCCCGACCACCUCCUCUGCUACCGCGCGAUCGGCCGCCUCCUUGGCCGCGCGGUCCUCGACGGCCAAGUCCUCCCGUGCCGCCUCGCGCUUCCGCUCUUCAAAGCCAUUCUCGGCACGCCACUGAGCCUCCAAGACGUCCGGUACCUCGAUACGCAAACGUACAGCAGCCUGCAGUACCUUCUGGAGCACGACGUGUCGGAGCUCGGACUGGACUUUAGUGCGGCUAUGCCUGCGACGCUGGAGGUGGUCGACUUGGUGCCGAAUGGUCGGCAGAUCGCCGUGACCAACGACAACAAGGCGUCGUACGUCGACUGCAUGGUGCGGUAUUUGCUCUUUGACCGCGUCGCCGUGCAGCUCACGAGCCUUCUCAAAGGCGUGUACGAGGUACUACCGCAAGAACUGCUCAUGCCGUUCGACUACAAGGAGCUGGAGCUCGUGCUGUGCGGUGUCGCAGAGGUCGACGUGGCCGACUGGAAGGCGUCGACGAGCGUCUCGACGACCUUGCGGCGGUCCGAGAGUCUCAACUGGUUCUGGGACGUCCUCGAGCACGACAUGAGCCGCGACGACCGGUCGAAACUGCUGCAGUUUACAACGGGGUCGUCGCGCGUGCCGGUGCAGGGCUUUCGGGGCCUCACGAGUUACGACGGGACACUCUGUCCGUUCUCGCUCCAAGCCGUGGCGUAUUCCGUCGGUGUGUUGCCCAAGGCGCACUCGUGCUUCAACCGGCUCGACUUGCCACUGUACCCGACGCGGGCCCUCAUGCACGAGGCGCUCUUUGCGUUGACACGAUUGGAGUCGGCGGCGUUCACCCUCGUAUAGCAAAAACUAGGGUUGUAUAAUUAUGACGGUGUGCAUUCCUGGC